GGUCUCACCUAAUCAGUCCAAAACCCAACACAGCGAGAUAAACCUGCCGCCUUCGAACGUGGAUUCAACACAACCACCGUUGCAGCCCAAAAGGACUCCUUCCAAAAGACAUCUUGCGUAUUGGGUACGAGGGGCAACGCAAGCAUCUUCCUGAACUCCUGCACUUUACUUGAUGAUCAAAGAGUAUAUCUGGAUUCAAUAUUGAUAGCAUUCACAGACUCCAAACUACAAGGUGCCUAUCUCUACGGUCAACCAAAAAGCCCGGGAUACCUCGAUUUGCCAAUAGGCAGACGAUUCGGCAAGAACUAAGUUAAUUAACUCCUCCCACUUUCUUGCUCCCCCAUUAUUCUUCUGCGGCACUCGGUCUACGUUCUCCAUAGAAAUCUGAAUUCCGGCAUCUUUUACCUUGAUCAAGGUCAGAUUAAUAAGAAGUAGGAGAUUCCCUCUUUCUUUCUUCCUUUCUUCCUUUCUUCCUUUCUCCCGCAUCCUCUUCCUCCUCUUCCCCCUCUUCUCAUUGAUUUUGUUAUUUACCCGUGAUCUUGAAAGCUACUCGUUCGACCUCCCUCACCUCCAUUCACAUUUCACUUCUUUCGCAUUACCAUUUGGUCGAGAUUGGUGUUCCGGUAUAAUAUCGUAAAAGCUAAUGACAUGGAGUCAUCCAGCGGACUCCCGCCUCUAGAUUUGACAUCUCAAAAUCCUCAAGAACAUUCCAACGAUUUUCGAUUUCCAGCCCCGUCCAUCGAUACAAGAAUAACUACUUGGGUCGAAACCCAAUCUUCCAACAACAAUAUGUCGACCCUCAGCGAGUCUCCAUCCGAUGAGAGCCACCUCUCCGAAUCGACUUAUGAGUUUGUCGAUACAGAUGAUGAGAGCCAUGAUGAGAAUGCUACCGAAUCGAUAGCUUCAGUGGAAUUUGGGCGUCCUGACGAUAUGCAGAGCCUUGCAGAUACGGAGAAUAGUGAUGAAAGUGGAGGUCAAUACACACACGAUUCCUCCAUUCCCGCUUUUGGUUUGGAUAACUCGAUUAACAAUUCCUUUAAUAAUCCUACCAUCGGUCGAAAUUCUGCUGUCUUGCAUGACGAUUCCGAUACCCCGCUCUCACAAUCUAUCGAAUUUGAAGAGCCAUUUGGCAGCCUUGGGGCCGAGAAUGUAUCAGUCAGACACACAGUGGCAGAGUUCACUGAAGAGCAAAGUGCUGCUUCCGCAAGAGAUUUGAACAUGCACAAUCCGCCAAGUCAGUUAGUUCUCACAAUUCGACAAACGAUGACCAAGCAUGGUUUAUCGACCAAAGACCCACUCCGCAUCCUCUAUGUAGGCAGCCAUUCGGCAAAACAAGAUAUCAUACACAAGAUUGCAAGCUCUGUCACUGCUUCUGUCGAAGGCCAGGAGCGUUCAAGUCGAAACUCAUCUCAAAUAUACAAUGUUGUGCCUGUAUCUGCUUUUGGCUCGGAGAAAACACCGGAAAUCGAACUCAUGCACUCAUCGGGUUAUCAAAUCAAGGUUGAUGAUUGUUUGUCUGCCCAAACCCUUGAAUUCGAGGACCAACCACAAAAGCCAGAUGUCAUUAAGUUAAAUCUCGAGGAUCACUACAGCUACCAUUCCGUCCCCGAGAGAGAUCAUUUUAUUGUUGAGCCGGAGUGGGAGUUGCCUCAUGUGGCAAUAUUCUACUGUUCCGAUAGCGACGAUCUACAAGCACGGCGCACAAGAACUAUUGCCAGAAAGUUCAUGAGUCGUCAUACCAUACCAUCAAUUGUUAUUUCGCACAAGCAAUUACUCAACAAAGCUCAACCCAUGUCUUUAGAUCAGCAUUCUAUUCAUAUGUGCUUAGAAUCCCGGGAGACAGAUGGCAGAGGAAGCAUCAUUCACCAACGUUUACCCAUAGAUCUUACGUCUUUCUUGAACAUCGAUGCUAGGCAGAUGAACAGAAAUCUUGCAUACUUGACCGGUCUUCAUGAACCUGCAAGUUCCUCUAAUGUUAUCAAGAAUCCCAGUUCCUAUGCAAUCCCUGAAAAUCGAGAAAAGCCAGUUAGAACAGAAUGGUCCCGUUAUGUAGCGGAGUGGAGAUCCUUACUUCCAUUUGGCUUGGUCGUCCUGAGCGUACUAUUUGCUAUUUUCACGUCCAUCCUUUCGCCCUAUCCAUUUUAUAACCAACCAGCAAUCUCUAUAAACAGCAAAACCAUGUCAGCAGGCCCGAUAACUCCAACAUCGGUACCAUUUGCGACCAAUCUUUCUGCAACUCAAGCUACCCUUACUUCAACACCUUCCGUUGUACAAUCGUCGCCUCCGCACGAACUCUCAAAACCUCAAGUUGACUUUUCAAAACCUACACACGGCCAACAACAAAAGUCCAAAUCAGAAAGCAAGUGCAGUUCCUGUGUGGCGGAAAUCAUGGGAGACAGAGAGGUUUUGAUUCGGAUUCCACGGGCAAUGAAGCUCAACUGGCUCACCAAGCUGGCAAUGUCGAUCAAUAUCACUAGGGGUAAUACUACAGUUGAUACAGAACGUGCCUUUAGUUCAAGCGAUGGGAUUGUAUUAUUACUUCCCAAGAAGGAGGCUUAUGGUAUUCUCAAUAUUUCGAUUAUUACAACCAAGAAGCCACGCAUCAACGAGACCUUUCAAGUUGAUUUCGGAACCAAUUCUAUUCAAGCCAUGCAAGAUCUUUUGGAUAGAUUUUACACAUUCUUUAAGGAGGAUACGAUUAUCGCUGAUGGUCAAACUCUCGCAGAUGUUCGCGCCUCUGCUGAGAAGGUUCUUAAGGAUGUACGCCAAUCCUCCCAGUCAAAACUAGCCAAUAUCGACGAAGCCAAACGUCUAGCUCUCGAGCGAGCGUCAUCAAUCACUGCCCAGCUUACUAAUUCAGCAAGAGAUAUGACUCUUGAGGCCGCCAAACGCAGUGCUCGCAUUACCGUUGAACUCGGUUCGCAAUUUUCAGGUGUCGAGAAGAUUAUUGCAGACCAAUUGCACUCAUUACAAAACAUUGGAAACCCAAUAGAUGAGGGACUUCUAAAGGCACAAAUCAGAUCUAAGUCUUUAUGGUUGAAGAUGCAAGGAAAGAGUGGAGAGGCAGAGGAUUAUGAACGUAGAGCUGCAUUGGCUAUGAGUAAGAAGGCUGCAGUAACACAAAAACCUGACGCCAAAUUUGCGCAGAAAUCAGAGAAGACAAAGAUUCAGGCGUGGAAGGAAAAAAUGGUCACGAGAAAGGAGGAGAAAGCUGCAAAGAAAGAAGCUAGACAAGCUGCUAGGAUAGCAAAGAAGGAAGCUAGAGAUGCCGCUAAGAGAGCUGGGUGGACUGGGAAUUGAGGCGUUUCUUUUGAGGAGUUAGGAUACAAUGGACAUGGAUUGGGCUGAGGUAUACCAGAAUGGGUAGGGACAUGGGAUGGAUAGGAUGGACCAGAUCGGAAUGAAUUUUGUUUAUUGCGUAAUAUGAUAUGAUAUGACAUGACACGCAUCGACGAAUUCUAGGGACUUUCGGAUUUCAAGGGGAAAUGCAAUACACGGCAACGCAAUGGACUCUGCUGGAUAGGUUAUGGCUGGGUUGGAUGGGGCAUGCGCUACGUAAUGGGGUUUAGAUGAACUUAGGAGUGCUGGGGAGUAGGUUGGGUUUCAGGGGGAUUUUUUCCAGCUCAUUCUUCAGAUAAAUACGCAUAUGGCUCUCUAUUUAUCUAUUAUUUACUAUUCAAUCAAUUCAAUCUUCUUGCACUUGAUGCCGUGCAAUAUAUACUCAUUCGUACAUUGCACACGAAAAUAUCACAGCACAGCAUUACACCAUAUUCA